ACUGCCUUGGACAUCAAUCGUCAUAUGACCCAUUCUAUCGUGUCUGCAAAGCUUUGGCCAUAUUUGUCCCUACUAAGUAGUUCUGUGGAGUGAGUGUGUGCAGAUAGUCAUCACAGUUUUUGGGACCUGUAAAUACUCCCACAUUUCAAGUUCAAAAUGGCUGAAAACCCAAUCUACGGACCCUUCUUUGGAGUUAUGGGGGCGGCGUCAGCUAUCAUCUUUAGCGCGCUGGGAGCUGCAUAUGGCACAGCGAAGUCAGGCACAGGUAUCGCCGCCAUGUCGGUGAUGCGGCCCGAGCUCAUCAUGAAGUCCAUCAUUCCCGUCGUCAUGGCGGGUAUCAUCGCCAUCUACGGGUUGGUGGUGGCUGUACUUAUCGCGGGUUCCCUGGAGGGCCCCGCCAAUUACACCCUAUACAAAGGGUUCAUCCACUUGGGUGCUGGUCUCGCCGUAGGUUUCUCAGGUCUAGCGGCUGGUUUCGCCAUAGGCAUCGUGGGUGAUGCCGGCGUCCGUGGUACCGCGCAACAGCCGAGGUUAUUCGUCGGAAUGAUCCUUAUCCUCAUUUUCGCCGAAGUAUUGGGUCUAUACGGUCUCAUCGUAGCCAUCUACCUAUACACGAAACAGUAAAUCUGCCGAGCACACUCCUCUCCCGUCGCCGUGCUCCGAGAUUCUAUGCUCAAAGCGCCAGAAUCUGUUCAAUCAUCGCGCACAGGGAAGUCGUCGCCGGUAGCUAGCGGUAGACCGCAUAGGGCCUCGGAGCACACCUUGUAUAGUAUACUUGUUGAGUACUUGAACGUUAAUCAUAUUUAUAUUUUCUCGCCGGUGUCCGGCCCCGCGCCGCCUAGAUGCUGCGGCGGCGCCGUGCCUCGAGCCGCGAACUGUAUAAAUGAUUUUUCUAUUUCAAUUUUAUAAUACGAUCGUAAUAUUCGUAUCCCAAUCAUGUUUUGUAACGCUACCGCGCGAUGACACUCUUUUAAUUUAACUAUAAUUUAUUGCCGCAGUUGUAUUUCAUUUUCGGUGACAGGGGGACUUCGUUUCACCUACGACAUAUCAAUUUGUUUUGCGCGUUCCACCCCUCGCGAACACAUUACAAUCUGACGAUAUCAUUUUUAGAUUAUUUUUAGCAUUAAGGCGAAACUAAUGUACAGUUAGAGUAGAAAUUUAAGUCCAAGAUAUGUUAACAUAAUUUAUGAACCGUUAAAACCCCCAGGGUACUGUGUACCGUGUCUCUGAGCUGAGAAGUUGAGGUUAUACCUGGCUUAAGUAAUUCAUGCUAUAUAGCUUUCAGUGUUAUAGUGGAUGUUUGUAUCCUAUCGAACUGUUAUGGGCCCUGUGGACGAUUAUAACUAUUAAUUUCGAGUGACAAAUCAAAAGCGAGUCACAAACAUUGUAUUGCCAGGAAUCAGUAAAUAAACAUGAUUUGUACAUUCCAUA